UAUGAAGUUUCGUUUUAAAUUAAUAAUGUUUGCUGUUUAUUCCAAAUUACAUUUUUAAUAUAUUAAAUAUCUUCGACAAUCAACAAUAAACUUUCUGUUCACACCUGAUUGAUCAAUGGUAAGCGAUGAAAUAUACUAUAAGAAGUAAUACUUUAAUUAGUAUGAAUAUAUUUAAAUUGAAAACUUAAUUAUUUAGACAUGAAAGUUAUUUAAGAUUAUGUAGAAAGAAAAAAUGUAGCAAUAUUGAUUAGCGCAAAAUUUAUACAUAUCACUUAAUGCAAUAAAGUGUUUUAAAUAACGUAACAUAAUCUCUCUUAAAAUAUCAUUGAUUUGAAUUUUAGGACGUUAUUUAUACGUUUGCUUCACACACAAAUUAUUUUAAAAUAUGUUAUAAAUGAAUAACUUUUUAAAACUACAACAUUUAAUUUUAAAAAUGGUGUAUUUAAUUUUUAGAAUAAUUUAAUAUAUACUCAUGAAGAAGAGUAAUACAAUUUAGUAUGUAACUUCAUGCACUUUUUCUUACUAUAUUGAAAGAAAUUUAUUUGAUUAAAUGAAAUCCAUUUUAGUUGAAUCACAAAAUCUGUUAUUUGAACAUGUCAAAAUUCUUUUAACAGUAAACAAGAGAAAUCACAACAUAAUAUUACUAUAACAUAAAAGCACGCAACAAAAUAUUUGCGUCUAGAUUAGUUCUUCUAGGUUUUUUUGACUUCUGCAAUAUAAAUCCCGAAGUCACAGUGUUUAUUUUAAAAAUACAUUAUUUAUUACGGUUGAUUAAUUUUGUGUUAAUUGUAUGUUUUCAUUAAAUCGAACUAAAUAAAUGAAAUACAUCUGAUACAAUUACAGGAGCUUUAUCACUAGUUUUAAUUUUGCAGAAAGAUAAAAAUUAAUCAUAUUUGAUAUACAGAAAUAGGUCAUAGUAAAAACACAUAUUUCGUUCAUCCACACAAUGACAACUUUAAAAGCCGGAUUGUUUAAAUGCUAUUUAAAUGUUAUAAACGGCAUUUUCUCACUGUUUCAGACGUAACUUUAUCACAGGAAACAUAUCUACUAAUAAUUGUUAAGUAUUAUGGUUUAUUAGAUAGAGAUGAUAUAGUAUUUAUCCAUGAUCAUUAUAUCUCUGGAAAAGACAUUUAGAAGAUACGUCCAAUAUUGAAAAUACUAAAUUAUCUCCUUUUUUUUAUUACAACUUUGAAUUCUGAAUUUUUGUGUCCAGUAUAUAGAAUCUUAUUAAAAAUGAAAUAACGUUAUAUUACUUUGUUUCGAAGUAUACGCAUACAUAAUGAAGCAACGCAAAGUAUGAAAUAAACUUUUCACACAAAUUCUGCAAAUUUAUGAUACACUGCGAUGCGAUAUUUUCUAUCUCCCUUGUUACACCAUACGUAAACGAUUUUCGUAACUUAUUGUACGCGCGUAAAGUUUCUUGACGAUAUAAGUGGUAAUCAACUGGGGAUAGCAUUCUUAAUAUUUAAUGAGGCGUUUGGGGAGGGUACCGAGUUUCUACUUCUCUAUGAAAAGCAUGUGAGCUUAUUUUACAUUACAUGGUAAGAAGAACAAGACAGUUUUUUUUACGUUCUCAUGGAUACUAUGGAGUCUUUAGGUUAUAAGGAUUUCGAGUGGGCAAUUGAAAUACAUCGUUUAGGUUUGGAAUUUCUAGGCUUGUGGCCUAAAAAUGAAGUUGCUAUAAAAAGUUUGUGGUCAAAACUUCAUGCAAGCAUUAUUUUAACUUUAUUAAUAUUUGUUUCUAAUGUUCCGAUGAUAAGUGCGGCUAUGCAAUCUUGGGGCAAUAUGGUAGUUGUAAUAGAUAUUUUACGUACUGCAUUACCUUUGCUAAUAGUACCAUUCAAAUACGUUAUCAUGCGAGGGAAACGAACAGUUCUCUUAUCAAUUAUAAAUAUGAUGGCGGAAGAUUGGAUAGCGUUUAAGUUGGAUGCAGAGAGAGCUGUAAUGAUAAAACAAGCACGAGUUGCUCGAUUAAGCAUGAUUGUUGGUUAUGUUAUCAUAAUAAUCCCAUGUCUCACGAUAACUGUUCCCACUUAUUUUGGCAUUCAAGUACUAAACCUAAUGAAUGUUACGGGUCGAUGCAAAUUGUUACCACUACAGACGUAUCACUUCUACAAUGUAGAUAAGAGUCCGCAGUUUGAGUUAACAUUUUUUUUUCAUGUUCUAACGAUCUUUAUAGCAGGUUGUGUUUACGCGAUUGUGGAUAUUUUUUUAUUAUUAUUAGUUCUUCAUAUCUGCGGCCAAUUAGAGAACUUUAGAUAUCGACUAGUUAGUUUAGUCUCAUGUGAGGAUUUUAACAAAGCAUUAAACAAUAUUGUGACAUCCCAUUUACGUCUUAUCAGAUUUAUCAACAAAAUUGAAAAUAUAUAUUAUUUAAUGAUGUUGUUAAUGGUACUUUAUCUUGCAAUAAUAAUUUGUUUAAACAGCUUUCUAUUUACUAUUUUACUUCAUGAAAGAAAAGUAAAUGGCGCUGUUGUUACACAAAUACUUUUUUUGAUGAUUUUUCUUCUUGUUACAUUGGCAGGUACUUUUUUAUAUUGUGUUGCGGGAGAGCUUGUAAUGGAACAAUGCAAUGCACUAUAUCGUGCCUUGUGUGAACUUGAAUGGUACAAACUAGAAUCAAGAAAGGCAAGAAAUCUUAUUUUACUAAUGAUACGAGCCCACAACCCUUGUUGCAUCACUGCAGGAAAGAUUAUUCCAUUAACAUUGACUACUUUUUGCAGUAUAUUGAAAACAUCGUCUGGCUACAUGUCUUUCUUACUAACACAACAUGGUUAAUUCCUAACUACAUCUAUGGGUGUUUUAGACCCGAACAGUUUAAUUUAUUGGCAUUUCGUACCGUUGGCCUUAUGGGAUUUUCAAUUGUAGAUACAAGCACUUUAAAUCUUCCUCUAUCAAUCAUCAUAAGGUGAUGGUUCAAUUACAUUAUAUGUUCAAAGAAGACGCUUUAAAAAUCUGAUUUGGAUUAUUUGGAUCCAAAUGAUUAAUUGUGAGAUGAUCAUUGGCUGCACUUACUUCAAAUAAUAAUUAGAAGUAAAAUCAUUUGUAUUUUAUGUGUAGAAAAAAAAACAAUUAAAAUCCAUUAAAACUUGUGGAAAAUACAGCUAAAAGAUGUCUCGGGUUCAAAAUACUCAUAAAUGUGUAUUAGGGUGUCUUAUCAUAAUUGUAGUUGAAAUGUUAUUAAAUAAGUUAAUAAGUUAAAUUACUUACCAAAGAAAUAGAGCUAUUUACAGCUACGUAAUUGUGAACAUUCGAUAAUUGUAUUUAAUAUAAAUGUUACGUAAAUAUAAAGUUUCGUUUUAAAUUAA